UCGAUUAAGGAGCAUGCAUGUAUGGUAUCCCCGUCGAAAAUAAUCUGCUGAGUUGAGUUGAGUUGAGUUGAGUUGAGCAGUUUGCGAUUCUCGUAGGGAUGUAUGUCUCAGUCUGACCAUCUGGCUGUCUCAAUUCAUCUGUCUUAUCUGGUCUCGUCUCGUCUCGUCUCAUCUCGUCUGAGUCGAGGUUGUUUUCCCUCGCCUCUUUUUUUUUCAGCAUGGGGAUGGCUUCAGGGUGUUGAGCAUGGGGCUUAUCUUCACCCCUCUCUUCAGAAAGUUACGACGGGGAGGGAAGGCGAGAACAAGAAAAAUAGACGAACAGGGGUCCAGAUGUUGCAUGUGAAAUGUCUUGGAUGAGCGAUCCAUGGGUAUUGAUGUAUUUUAUUUGGUGCUACGCGAAGAAGGAGAGGGGAUGUAAACUUGGAAGAUACCUUGUGAGGAUUGGAUUGCGCAAGUUUUUGGAAAAGGUUGUUUGAUAGAUGGUGGUGAGAUUAUUGAUAGAGUGAGUGAGAAGGAGAAUUUCAUUCCCGAUUGAUCCGAAGACGGCAAUUGUGGCUGUAUGCAGGAUGCUGGUUUGAGUUGAAGAUCUCGACAUUAGGGUGGUGGUGAGCGAGUGAGGAGGAUUGUGUAUGAAGACUCACUCCCCUGGGACAUAUGGGUUGGACCUUACUCCAUCGCAGACUUCAGUUGACAAGCUGGGUGCAGAUUCCAUUUCCUUCCACAGAUAGGUCAGGCAUGUUAGGAACAGGAAAAGGGCCCAGAGGACUGGACCAGAUGCUGCAGUAGCAGCGGCAGCGAUGUUAAAGCCAGCCUUCAAAUCCUUCUGUCACUCUGCAGCUGGUGGCAUAGGUAUGCAUAUUUUCGCAUUCUACAGGGAGCGUUCUCCGCAUUUUGGGGAGUGCUGGGUCAGGACUGAGGAGUAAGGAGGAGGGUCGUUGCACGGCAGGACGGGAUGGGAGAUGUGGACCCUCGAUUUCGAUUUGGAUUGCGAUAGGAGGGAUGGAUGGCAGAAGCAGAGUAACUAUCUUGAGUCUGCAGUAGAUGGACAUCUGCGACGCAAUGUGAUGUGAUGUGAUGUGCCAGCCAUGUCAUGGUGAUGUCGGGCUAGAUUGAGUUUGGCCUAGGGGGAUGGAGAGGAAGGAAGAGGAGGGGGAGGAUGAUGGAGAUUUUAUGGCGGCGUACAGCGGUUAUCAAACAAUUUGAUUUGGCGAGGAGGAGGGGUUGGUUGGUUGGUUAGCUUCUGUCAAGUCACUCAGUCCAGAAAAUCUGGGGUAGCAAGGUGUCUCCCUCACGCUUGGUGCUUCAGGCUUCAUGAAUCAUGGGAGUGCAUCGAAUCAUCGAGAUCGCCUUGGACGAAUUUGUUUUAGUUGAUUGUGGGGACAUGGGGUAAUCCAGGAACGAGUUACUUUUUUUUCUUUUUCAUGCCUGCCGUGGAGGAUGCAGAUGCAGAGUUGGAUUGCGCGGAGGAUGAGCAUCAGCAUGACUUGGCGGCGGAGGGGACACAGAUGGAGGGGUAGAUUAGAGGGUUGAGAUUAGAGGGAGGCCGCUGAUUUGACAGAGCUAAUCCUGCGUACGAGAGCAAAGUAAAAGUCAGAUACUUUACCAGAUAUGAAAAAUGUGACUUCAUAUCGCAAGCCAUGUCGAAUGUAGAUAGCCAGUUGGAGGUAUCUCUUCCGUCUUAGUCUCACUGUCCCUGUCUCAGUCUGAGAAGAUCCGAUCCGAACUGAUCAGCAUACCCAGCACACCCAGCACACCCUCAUAGUGUACCGCCUCAGCAGCUUCGCGUACCAUUAUUGCCCCUCCAUAUCGUCGUCCUUCUCACCACACGUCCAACCUCAUCCUCUCUAGACGCGGCUGGCGGAAUAGUUAGGCUGCUGUAAAUGCAGCUCUUGCAUCAUCUACCCCGUUUUCCGUUUUCCGUCUUAUGCAUCCCAUCUCCUCCUUACAGCCUCCAGCAUGUGCAGCCAAUCUUACAUCAUUCGCAUCGCGACUCGUCCCAGGCAUCUUUUCCCUCCCUUUCCCUCCCUUCCAUCCCAGCCCAGCACAUCCUGCCAAGCCCCGCUGCCCGUAAACUUUGAUGGGUGCACCAGGUGGUGGUGGUGGUGGUGGUGGUUGAGAGUCGGCCUAACUAAGUUGAUGUUCUGCACUGCACCGCAUCAAGGUUAAAUCCUGGGUCCCGCCCGAUUAUUUUAUUUUGGGCCUGAUCAGCAGCCCAAGAUGCAACGCGAUUGGUGAAUGGGACGGAAGCACGCGAAUUUGUUGAAGAAGGGGAUGGGAAGAGACAGAAGGCAAGAAAGUACAGUAUCGUGUUAAUAUCUUGGUAAUGCACGAAAGGAAAGGAUUGGAAUGGCACCAACAUUGUUCAAUCCUUAUCAAAGGCAUCCAUCCAAGGCUGCACGAUAAACAAGAAAUGGACUUGUAAGUUGCGUGCUCGGCAAGCUGGGCAUAGGGUGACAUUGGGCAUGACCUCGAUAUCUGCGCAUUAUCAGAUGUUUACGGGAAGCUCAAGCUGAAUUGAAAAGAGGUUGGCCUUGUCCACCCUACCUAUUUUACUUUUAACAUUUGUGUCAAGAUGACUGACGUUUAGCCUCCCCUCCUUGUCUUACACCCCUUGCCUCUAUUUCUUCAACCUCAGAGUCAGCUUCUUUGUCUUGUGUUUAUCCGACUAAAACUUGUCCUUCUGCGCCGAUCAUCAACACCACUAACUCACUCACCCACCACCAUCGUCUUCACUUCACCUCAGCUCAACUCACGAUAUAAGAUAAUUCACCAUAUAAGAUCUUCUACACCCUUUACCACUCGUCUGAUCUCGUGUUUACUAUCGCGAAAUCCCAUCUCGCGAUCGUCAUCUCGAGUCUCAACCAUUACCAUUGCCGACGCUCUGCCUCUACCCGCCGCCCACUACUUUUUCAAGCUCGCCGCCGAUGACGCUAGUAAAUUGACAGACAGCGCCCAAGGACACAAAGGGCCCCAGCAAAAAGAUAGAAGCGGCGCCCUCAACUGGCCCGUCCUCUUCUUCUCCUUGUUUCCCGCCCCAGCAGGCCUAAACUCGCCUAAUCGGCGCCCUGUCGAGCCUGUGCAGCCUGUGCAGCCUGUGCAGCCCCUGCCUGCAGGGUUGAUUAUCUGCUGCCGCUCCGACGCCGCGACGUUAGACUGAGCCGAACUGCCCUGCCUCCCUGCCCUGCCCUGCCCUGUCUUGCCCUGCGCUGCACCACUACUUCCUUCUGUUCCCCACCAGUCAACCAUCGACCGCCAACCGUAUCUCACCCUCAUCAUUGCUGCUCCACCCCAAACCAACUACCACUUCACCUUACCUCACUCACGAUCCUCACGAUCCACUUCCGACAUCCUCUCGUCCUCCUCUUCCACCUCUUCCUCUACACACCGACAACAUACCCGACUGCAGAAUGCCUUCCUCACGCUGACACUCCGCCUGGAAUAUCGAUCCCCCAAACAUGUCCCUAAUCGCAUUGCCGCUGCACCUCAACAAUGGAUCUCUCCACGCACGCAGCUGCGAGAACGGCCACGAGCACGCCCUCGUCGAGCCCAGGUCUCUUCUCUCCCUCCCUCAACCCGACCAAACAACACCUCCCUCCUCUCUCAGAUGGCACGCCUCAUCCGAGUCCAUAUCUCCAUCCUCUGCAGAUGCAUAAAGUUCGAGAGUAAGUUGAUUGUUUCUUCGCUUCCCGCGCUUGCAAUCAUCCCACCAAAAACUCGACAACGAUCGGACCCCACCUCAACCACAUCUACAAUACUGGGAUUACUGUUUGAGGACUCAAUCAUCAUGGUAAAUUGUGUUUGUCGCUCUCCGAAGACGGAUCGACCUUUGCGAUGUCUAAGACAUUGGUGCCAAAUUCACAACGUCAUGAAUCUAGGCUAACGUGCGUGGAAUCUAGAACCCACAAAGCCCAAGUCGACCAAGACUUCCUGACAGGUCGCAAGCUGAUCAACCAAUACGAAAUCAUUAACGAGAUAGGCAGAGGCGUGCAUGGCAAGGUCAAAUUGGCAAGGAGUUUGGAGACGGGAGGCUUCGUCGCCAUCAAGAUCAUACAACGCUUCUCCAAGAAGCGCAAGCUCGGAAGAGUUACCGUGUCGCCAGAAGACAAGACAAAGAAGGAGAUUGCCAUUCUCAAGAAGAUCCGCCAUCCCAAUGUAGUCGGCCUACUCGAAGUGAUCGACGAUCCCGAGCUGAAGAAGAUCUACAUGGUCUUGGAACAUGUCGAGCUCGGAGAAAUCGUAUGGCGCAAGAAGGGCGAUAAGAGCAUAUGUCUGUACGAAAGACGCCGCAUCGAAAGAGAACAUCGGGGAGAGAAAGACACUGGCGAAGACGAGAAAUACUUCAAGAUCCUCGAGAGACGCAAACAACGCAAGGAUACUCAACGAGCGAAACUGUCGUCAUUGCAGCAAAACCCAGAUCCAUGGAGUUUGGAACAUGGCGACGAUGAGGACGACCGGGAGAGUCUGUCUAGGCAGUCUACCCACGAUUCCAUGCUCAAUAUGAGAUCGACAAGAAACCUCAAGUCGAACCCUGGAUCCAGGGUCCACUCUAGAGCGAACUCUCGUGCUCCUUCACGGACCAGCUCGCGUGCGCACACUCCUCUCCCAACUGAAUUCGACAUUGGUGCUCUGGACAGCGACAACGAAGGCGACGAACCUGGCCCUCUACCGUCCAUUGGGUCAUAUCAUGGCUCAGCAUCCGCUCUCGAAGGCACUUACUACGGAUCGUACCCUGACGAACCACCAUAUCGAGGAAGAUCCCCAAGUAUGGCCGACAGUAUCAUCUCCCACAUGUCAUCGACUGAUGGUAUGGAACACGAUGCCUUCGAGGAUGACUUCUCUUACGUACCAUGCUUCACUCUCGAUCAAGCGCGGAAUGCCUUCAGAGACACCGUCCUUGGUUUGGAGUAUUUGCACUACGAGGGUAUUGUUCACAGAGAUAUCAAGCCAGCAAAUCUACUUUGGACCAAGGAUCACCGCGUCAAGAUCUCCGACUUCGGUGUAUCUUACUUUGGAAGACCUGUCAGGGAUGGUGAGGCCGAAGAGAAUAUUUCGGAAGCCGAUGCUACGGACUUUGACGAUGAUCUCGAGCUUGCCAAGACUGUUGGUACUCCAGCCUUCUUUGCCCCCGAGUUGUGUUACACAGACCUCGAGAUUGAACAACCCAAAGUCAGUGAGCAAAUCGAUGUUUGGUCUUUGGGAAUCACUCUCUACUGCAUGAUCUAUGCCCGGAUCCCAUUCCUCGCCGACGAUGAAUAUCAACUGUUCAAAGCCAUCGCCAAAGAAGAUGUAUAUAUACCAAAGAAGCGUCUAAAGGCAGUCGAUCCUAACGCUUCGACACCCCAGACUGGUGCAGUUAAACGGAUUGGGCCAUCGACUGGCUCAUUUAGAGAAGAAGGAGAACUCGCGUUCGAAGAAAUUGAUGUUGAGCUUUACGACCUACUGAAGAGGAUGCUUAUCAAGGAUCCCGCUGAUCGCAUUCGGUUGAGGGAGGUAAAGAGACAUCCUUGGGUUACUCGGGGCAUUUCCAACGUACUUGGCUGGGUUGACGAUACCGAUCCGUCCCGAAGAACUGAUGGUCGGAGGAUCCAAGUCGACAGGAACGAGCUGGAGCGUGCCGUUGUCCCUAUUACCUUCCUGGAGCGAGCCAGAUCAGCUGUUAAGAAGGCUGUUGGUAAGGUCAUCGGUGUGACGAGAAGUGAAACGAGAGGCGAUGGGUCUCGUCGGAGAGCUGUAAGCAACGCUACCAGCUCUGGAGCAGAUACCCAACACAACUCCCCCCUGAAUCUAACCCCUGGUCUCCGGGACACUAGAAGAGCCAGCCUACGAGGAGACGAGUCCUAUUUCACAUCACUGUCAGACCUCCACGACCACCACCACCGCGAGCCUACUGAGCACCCACUGGCCCAGAGCCUGACUGCUAGUCCCGAUUUCUCACUCCGUGGAGAGGACCCGUUUUCGCUUGACUUUGCUCAGCCUCCCGUCCCGGUAGGAGAUACCCCUACCCGAGAACAUAAGGCCUCCACCGUGGCAGAUCCUGAUAUAAGACCAGGUCCGCCAGAUCGUACCGUCUCGGCGGCAGCGUCUAUUCAGACGGUCGUUCACCGUGGUCAUUCCCACUCUAGGUCAAUGAAUUCUCCGUCAAUAGGUCCCGUCCACGAAGAUGUCACUACUCCAGGACCAUUUACGGAUCACAUGGGUGCGAUUUUUGGUGGACACUUGUGGAAUGGUAGAGGCAGAGACAUGGCUGAUAUUGAAGAGGGUGUCGCUUUCCGAGCACGAUCUGUAGACAGGAACCUGUUCGAGUCAGAGAACAAGCACACCGAACCGCUUGUUGGUAUGAGCACUGCCACAGCGCCUGGUCUCUUUCAACAUUCUGUGCUUCACCACCCACGCCCGAUCUCUCGUUCAAAUGAUGUGUCACCGACAAGUCCAAAUCAUCCACUAGCCUCUCCACUCUUCUUCCAGCCAUAUAUGCUUCAGGCGCACCAAGCCCAGUCGGCAUCUACUCCCAAUGUACCCCACACCGCACUUGCUGCCUCGAACCUGGACGAGCGACCGUCAACGGCAAAUCGUACUCCGGAAGGCAAGACACCUGCUCCUCGAAUUUAUGGUGCAAGCACACCCGAGUCAUAUCAACGAGCUCAAGAAACCUUGGCACGAAGACGGAAGUUGGAAGAGUAUGCCGAACAAAAGAGACAAGAGUUAGUCGACAGUGCUCGCGCAAAUGUUCCUCACUGUCCACCAUCACCAGAUGACGAGAUAUUUGCGCAGAAGCAGGAAGCAUCUCAGCGUGCCCAGUCCUACAGUUCGGUCAACUCAACCAGCAUGGCAUCACAGAUGACAUCUCCUUCGAAUGUCGCUUCGCCUAUCUCCUCGGUCAAUCUAGGCUCUCAGGAACAAUUCUACCCUUCUGUUCCGUCGCUACCUGCCUUGAUCUCUGGAUCAUCUUCUGUAUCGGCAGACCCGGAAGGAGAUAUGCUUCAAUGUCCUGGUGUCGUUCAGCUUCCCGAAUAUGCAAUCACUGGAGAUGAUACACCUGAAGCUCAAACACCACCAUCGCUAUCCAAGCAGGUCUCUUCAGAUGUUGAUACGCCAACAGCGAACGAGGGUGCGAUUGCUCUGUCGCCAGAAGAGGAUGAAGGAUACAAUGGGGAAGGAGACACCACCCUUGCAGCAGAAGACGACGAUGAUUCGGAUAGCGACGAGGGUCUAACGAUGACUCGAAAGAAGCCCACGCCCAAGUCAACGGUCUCCUCAACAGAUAACCCAUCCAAAGCCGAACUGAGAAAAUCCGAGAGAAGAGGCACGAAUGCUAGUGUUGGCAGCACUGAAACUGCAAAGAAGGUUGUCAUCGAUGGAUGAAAGUGAUGUCUCUUACGAUACCAAUUUCUUUUCUCGAAGCAUUGGGCGGAGAUAGUCGUUUAAUGGAGGAGGUCUUGAGCGAGCACAACAUUUGAAUGCGAUGCAUAUGAUUUGAACGGAACGGAAUGGAUUGGGAUGGGACGGACGGCUGGGAGGUUUAUGGCCGGCCACGGUAUAUGAGGUUUGGUCUGGUUUGGAAGAUGCACGGCGCCAACGAUGGAUGGGAUGAAUAAGAACGAAAGGAUGAAAGAAACGAAUGGACUGGAUGGGUGGCGAGGCGGAUAUGUCAGGAUAUAUCAUUUUCUCACUUUUUCUCGAUCCAUUCCUCAUUUCUUCUUGCAGGCCAAAGCACAGCAGCA